AACGUCCUAUUUAGCACAAUGUUGAGAAUUGGAAACGAGGCCAAGGCAAAUAACGCCGAGGCCAGGUCCAGUGUGCCGACAGUAUUCCUGGGCACUCGUUGAGUGCGGGGCUCAACCUCGCCUGCUCAAGCUUCAUCUCAAUUGACUUCACAGUUAUAUAGCUCUAGGUAUACGCAACGAAUCGAGGCGAGCUAGUCAUUUCAACCAUACCCACAUAUUGGCGUUGUAGGAUUGCCUCUCUACUCUGGUCCGUCUUUCCCAAGAGACAUGGCCACAUGCAUGUGGUUGGUGGACCCUAUUGUAUAGAGGAUAGAUGUGGGCGUCGGACUUGCAUAAUACAUGGACGGUGUGCGGUAGCUUGAAACAACGGCCCAAACCUGGCCUAUCAACCAACCAACCAACCAACCAACCUUUCAUGCGAGCUGUUCAUGAGUACUGAGAAGCGAGAAUUCAGUGGGCGAGUUAAGGAAGGUUAUGAGCGAACUUUGGCCACUUCGAGUUCUCGGUGUCAAACCGCUUUAGUCGGUCCGUGUUAAAGGCCCUCCUUACACACCUCAAAAAACCACAUAAGUGUAAUGCCACCUCCUUGGGCAGCAGUGCAAAAGUUGUGAAGCGGUGAAAAAUGUGGUUCUCUCAGUCAAACGAAACUUUUUUAUCGCUAUUGUAGACAGUAAUUAUGUAAAGUGAUAGAUUACUUUCCGUAAGGAAAAGUCGGAGCGGUAGCGAGCUCAAGAGGAGGUCCAAGUGGGAAGGUAAAUGCCUACUCAUCGAGUGAAUUGCCUUUCUAAGACUCCAUUGAUUUCAAAUGAUGGGGUCAAAAGUGGACCUUGUGGAACAGGUUUCAUUCUUCAGAGGACUUCCAUGAAAACGGAAGAUAUCGUGUCUGUCUGGAUGAGAAAGGAGAUCGAAACAACCCUGUUCGUUCGGUCGAAGGUAUAGACUGGAGACCCAGAGUCCGCUCUGAUUAGGCCCUCCCUCUAUCGUCAGGCGGUUCGAAUCGAACAUGGAACAACGAGCUAGCUAGUUAGAAUUUGUCGGUGGACCAAAGCCUCUCAAAGCAGGAGAGAGCUUCUUCAUUGGAAAACUACAUUAUUCACGAGGACCUCGGGUGGCCACUGGAGUGGCUGUGUAUGGCUAAGUAUCUGAGUGGAACUAGAACUGGAACUGGAACUGUUCCCUGGGUUUCAAGCCUUUGAUACGUGGGAGUGCUGUGUUUGAACUUUCCCCCCUAUCUCAUCUCAUUUGAGCGCCACAAAUUGAAUCAGGGGAGCUCGAAACCCCACAACCAACCCUUGGAACGGGUAUGAAGGGGCGGGCAGACUUGAGAUCGAAGUUAGAAGCAAGUUUCAGAUGGAAUUCCAAGACUGAAGCACCUCCUUCCACUCGAAAUUUGGAUCUCAGUCGGUCGAGCGAGAGCUCUCGAUUGUGUGGGGAAGAAACACUUCAUAUCCCAUCUCACACUUGAGAGAACAGGAACGCAUCCGUGGGUCCUAAUCGUAAUCGGACUUGGCAAACGAUAUUUGGUUGGCGCUUGCUAUGAAAACAGUGCUGCGUGUCUUCUCAUAAAACAACGCUACUCAAUCAGUGCCACCUCCCACCAAGACGGAAAAGUGCUAGGACUCUUUUAUGUUUUCCCCCGGGCCAAGGUGAUCCAUGUACAGAAUAUACCUACCAUGCCAUGGAAGGAGUCUCAUAACAAGCACAUUCAAUAAGGCUCUUCCUACACUAGAGCGCUCUUCGAGUACAUUUGGAUGCCUGCCAAGAUUUAAUCCCAAGAGCGGCUCUGGUUAUGUCAAUUCUCACGUACCCGCUACCAGUACCACGUUGGUGCACACCUCGGCACUUUUGUCAAUGGUUGCAAACUUGGCAUGAAAAGCAUUUAGUUCAUUGAUCUGAAUAGGAAAGAUAAGAAGACCGUACCGUUUCCUGCGCAAAUAUGAAUCGACCAGGGCUGGAACGCGGUUGGAACAGAAUGCUCCUGUUUAGAGAGCCGAUUUCAUCGCCCCUCCUCUUUGCAACAAGCGUGAAUUCUUCGAAGAUGCUUCCAAAGAUGAGAGUUGACGGCCCACGGAAUAGCAACAUAGAACGGGACCACUCCAUGAAUGGGACGAAUCGGAACACGAUACCAACAGCAAGAGUUGGAACCAGGAGCUUUGUGGAGGAAAAGACCGAGGGAGGUCCUCCGAUCUUUGAUGUGUCCCGCAGGUGCCUGAUCUCAGUUCGCGAACAAUGCCAAGAGGCAGCACAUCCAGGAAUAGAUUGUGAUCAUUACAAUACACCCUCGAUGAAUUUGAAAUCAUGUCGGUUGAUAGCGUGUCUACCCAGCCAUCUCAGAAAAGCAUCCCGGUUAUCCCGAAUGUCGUGCCAGUAGAACUUCGAGAAGACUUCAACCACGAACUAAUCGAUAAUGCUGAAUCUGUGAAUGGUUCUCACCUACUACGACUUGAGUGUAACACAACUUGUGUGGUCAAAAUGGGAAGAAAGUGCUGUCAGAGUCUCCGUGAAUGGUUUUUGGAGGUGGAGAUGGGGCUGGUGUGGGGGAUCGCAGGACUGUCCAUCAUCAUGUUCGUUUUCGCAGCCAUUUGGUUCAUCGACCCAGCUCUUUUAACUCUAGUGCUUCAAUUCCGCCAAGCCAAAUGUCUCACGCAAGAGAGUGCCAUACUGGUUGGAAUUUCCAAUUGCUCUUGGACCUCUUGUCGCUUGGGAUGCACUCGAGAGGUCUUCAAGUGCUGGCAAGUGCAAGUACGGUUCGAAUUCACGCCAGGGUCUGUGCCCUACCGUCCUCCUUGGGCCUCACUCUCGGUGUUUGAGCGGGGAUCCUUAUAUCAAAACGAAUAUCAAGCCUUGCCCGCUCCGGAAUCGACGAGCUUACUUGCCGGUGAAAGUGCCUCCUCGUCCUCGUCCGCUACCUCUUCGCUGAGUUUUGACAAGCAAUUAGCUCGUCUCUAUCCCAAUGUGCGUGGAUGUGGGUAUCCACCUGAACUAGACUGUGACAAGUUCUACAAAGUGUACAGUGCCAAGGACAAGGAAUUUGAUUGUUGGGUGUCAACUUUGGACACUUCAAUUGCCAUGACUCAAUUGGACUUGGAUAGAGCCAAAGAGGAAGUCAUAUAUAGCCUUAUACCAUUGUUCCUUUUCAUUGUGUCCAUCUUGUAUGCGUUCUGUCGCUUGGGUGUGUUCACUCUGUGCAAUCCACUGCGAGCGUGUCCAAAGGCUCACGAACGAAACGUGUCCAUGGACAAUUUGACCCCAGAGAAACUGUUCGACUACAAGAAAGAACUGAUUUCCAAAAAAUCUCAAGCCCUGGCAUCGUUUCAAAAGCAGCAUGCUCAAACCAAAGGUGACAUUCCCACCAUUCCAGGGGGAUUAUCCAUCCCCAGUGCCAUCCAAGAGCGACGAGAAGAAGAGGAACUUGAGUUGGAACGAGAUUGCCAGAAUGCAGACAAAUACCAUAUGCCAGAAGCCAGCAAUGUCGAGGUCGAACACGAUGACGAAUCGAUUCCUGAAGAACUGGAGGCCAGCGGUCGUUCUCAGAACUCGCGUAUUUCACAUCUCACUUCCAAUCGAGCGAGCUCUGGCAUUGAUCCAGAAGCGAAGUCCCUGAGCGUGGGUAGAAGCUAUUCUGCCGUGUCCAUAAUCACGGUCCAGCCCCACCGAUCGAGUGAUAUCAUACCCAAAGGCGAAAACAUCGUCGCCUCACUUAAUACCCCUCUCGAAGAUGAAGAGCAAGAAUUGACAGACAUGCAAGAAUUUGAAUUGAGUGACUCGAGUGCCAUACUUUUAAGAAUGAAAAUGGGUGGAGGAGAUAUCCAAGGUCCCAUUUAUCGCACUUCGCCCUCCCCUCCACAGACCGCUAUUGCUAGAUUGGCAACUGAUCGACGUCGACCUGCAUCGGGUACCGGAAGUCUCUGGAGCAUUGACGAACGAUUCCAUGGGAGUGCAAAAAAGAAGAAGUCCUAAAGCUAAAACAAUCGAGCGUCAAGAGAAACCUCGCUGAAUUCUCGUUGAAGAGACAAUUACAAUAACAAAAACAACCGCGAAUGCGGCCCUGACAGUCUUAUUCAUAAACGAUUGGCAAAACUCCUCAGGCAUUUUCAUUUAUUCUGACGCACUAUCACUUGUCUUGAGCAUCAUUGGAUUGGAGAAAUUAACCUAUUUUACUCAUUCCUAUCUUACUGCAUUUGCUUUUCAAAUACAAACGCAUUUUCAUGCUGAA